AGUAUUAGAUCUCUUCGCGAGACUAAGCCACGAAGGAGCUUGUGUCGGAGUUGCAGUGACGAUAACUCCAAAUCUCGUCCCCAAUGUCUGCCUCACCGGCGAAUAUGAAGUCUCUCCACGGUCUUUCUUUCUCUCACAUGUGGUCCCCUCGGAGGCGUGCGGCAGAGGAGGAGCUUCGGAGGCGGCGAAGAAUCAGAAACCAAUUGCAGCGGUGGAGGCAAAAUCGAACAGGCAGAGAGAGAUUCCGGCGGAGUCUCCCGGAUUAGGCUACGGCGGCGUUGUUGAGGUGAAGACCAAGAAUCACAGGCUCUGGGCGGCUCUGUCUCGCGACGAGAUCGAGGAAGACGUGUUCAGCAUGAUGGGAACAGGCCGUCUCAGUCGACCGCGAAAGAGGACGAAGACCUUGCAGAAAUAUCUCGAUGUUAUCUUUCCUGGGUUGUGUCUUGUGAGGAUGAAUGCUGAUUGCUUCAGGGUAUCCACUUCUCGCGCUAAGAUAUUUUUAACAAUUUGACCACAAAUACACAAACUGGGACCAGAUGUGGAGAGAAAGCCAAGGAGCGAGAAGCAUUUUACUUUGAGGAAUUCAGGAAAUAGAGUUAGUAUAAGACUUGACUAAGAGUUAUGGUGAUAGUAUAACACAUGUUUGAUGUUAGGGUAAGACUUGGAAAUUCUAUGUAAAAUGUAUGGUUGAUGAA